AUGGUCCUGAAGUCUUCAAAUACGUAUUUCUGUGGAGCUCGAUCUGUAAUGAUGAACAAGAUGGAACUGAAUGGUUUGGACCUGGUCAGCAGUGAGCAUGGUGGGAUUGAGGAGGACAGCGUGAAUCCUCCCACGCUGCUUUCAGUUCCACACAUUCCUCAGACUCGGGCUGGCGAGGCGAGAGCGGAGGAGAGCGGCCGCUCCGCAGCUGCCGGCCCCAUUUCGGCGGCGGGGCGGGCGCUGGAUGAGCCGCCGGCGGGAGGCGGCCGGCAGCCGAGCGGGUCCGAUCGCGGCGCGAUGAGCGCGGGCGGCAGCGGCUCGGCGGGCACCGCCACCUCCGCGCUGUGCCUGCUCCUCUCGCUCACCGCCGUGGCCGUGUGCCUGCUGCUGGGCGCUAAGACCGCCGAGCUGCAGGGCCGCCUGGCCGCCCUGGAGGAGCGCGGCGCCGCCGGCCCCGGGCCGCUGCUGGACGCGCUGCAGCCCCGCGUGGAGCAGCUCCUGCGCGAGAAGCUGGGCGAAGGACUUGCGAAGCUGCGGACGGCGAGAGAGGCUCCGUCCGACUGCAUGUGCCCACCAGGCCCUCCAGGGAGGCGAGGGAAGCCCGGACGGCGUGGAGAGCCUGGACCUGCAGGGCAGUCAGGACGCGAUGGUUACCCGGGUCCCCUUGGUUUGGAUGGCAAACCAGGGCCUCCAGGACCAAAAGGGGAAAAGGGUGAAGCAGGGGACAUCGGCCCGAGGGGUGAUCAAGGUCGAGAUGGAGCCACUGGCCCCCCUGGUCCACCAGGACCCCCAGGUGCCCGGGGGCCUCCUGGUGACACAGGAAAGGAUGGCCCAAGAGGACCUCAAGGCCCCCCUGGCCUUAAAGGCGAGCCAGGGGACGACGGCCUUGUGGGUGCCAGGGGACCCCCGGGGCCAAAGGGCGAGACUGGCAUGCAAGGAAAGAAGGGUGAUGAUGGCAUCCCAGGGGAACCAGGACUUUCGGGCUCUAAGGGAGAAAAGGGAAGCACUGGUCUGAAGGGAGAGAAUGGCACGGAUGGUGUGCCAGGACCCAAGGGUGAGCCUGGUGAGAAGGGAGGAGUCGGCUCCAUCGGACCCCGGGGUCCCCCUGGCCUGAAAGGGGAACAGGGUGACACGGUGGUGAUCGACUACGAUGGCCGCAUCCUGGAUGCACUCAAGGGCUCGCCAGGUCCCCCAGGGCCACCGGGCCCACAGGGAGCUCCAGGCCCCAAGGGGGAGCUGGGCCUGCCAGGUCCACCUGGACUGGAUGGAGAAAAGGGUCCCAAAGGAGCUAAGGGUGACCAAGGCAGUGCAGGGGUCACAGGACCGAAAGGAGAGACUGGAGAAAUGGGCUUAUCAGGUCCACCGGGAGCAGAUGGGCCAAAAGGAGACAAAGGAGACACUGGAUCACCGUGUUUGCAGAACAACCACAUCAUCCCAGAGCCAGGACCGCCCGGGUUGCCCGGCCCCAUGGGUCCUCCAGGAAUCCAGGGGCCUAAAGGCUUGGAUGGUGCAAAGGGAGAAAAAGGUGACAGCGGUGAGAAGGGGGAGCAAGGCGAUGCGGGCCCAGCUGGUCUCCCUGGAGCUCCAGGGCUCAUUGGCUUACCUGGUACCAAAGGAGAAAAGGGAAAGCCAGGAGAGCCGGGAUUAGACGGUUUCCCAGGUCUCAGAGGAGAAAAGGGAGAGAAGAGUGAAAGAGGGGAGAAGGGCGAGCGAGGGAUACCAGGGAGAAAAGGAGCCAAAGGGCAGAAGGGGGAACCUGGCCCUCCCGGACUGGACCAACCCUGCCCUGUGGGACCAGACGGACUGCCAGUAGCAGGAUGUUGGCACAAGUGAUCUCUAAGCAUGAAGCACAGUGUGUAAAUAAUGUGAUAUAUUUUGAUCUUUUUGAUUUUUGUAUAAAAAAAGGAAGAAAACAGCCCUUCAACAGUAAUAUAUUGACCUUUUUUUAUACUGGAUUCUGUCAUUUAUGGACUCUGAAUAUACUGUAAAGCUCUCAAACCCAUAAGAUACGCAUGAUAACAUCAAGAUGUGAUAAAGGUACCAAUGACACUUGCUGGGAAUGACCAGAACUCACUGCUAAUGCUGCUGUGUGAACUAACAGCACUGAGACAGCGCGUUGCCCUGUGUGCCUUACCAGCUCCCUGUCCUAACCUGGCUCUCAACUCUAUUUGCAUUGCACGUGUGUACUCAAAGAGUGAAAAAAACGGGCAGAAAAAGAAGAAAAAGAGGAUGCAGCCCUAAGGAUGGAAGAAGCUGCUGUAUGCCAUCUGGUCAAACAAAAGGACUUCAAACCUGCAGAGGAAACAAGGCCAAGCUCCCUCUGUUGCUGCCUGCUGUCGUUGUGACGGAAAUAGCAAAUCAUUGGAAAAAGUAACCUGGACUGCCUGUGGAUGUUUUGGCUACUAUCAGAUAACCUUUGAUCUCAAGAGGAAGCACCUCUGGGUCCUGUUCUGUGGUCUGCAGCUGAAGAUGUGCCAGCUCUUUGUGAAAGCAGAACUCAAAUUCUUUAAGAAACCUCUACUGCAAAAUUUCAAAACAAAAACACAGCAAUGCUUUCAGAACAGACAGUUGUGGGGCAGGGAGGGACUCUGCUGAAGUCUUCCAUUAAGCAAGAGUGUAUACUGUUGCUAUUGGGGUUCCAAAACUUGGAGUUCGGAGUAUUUGUCUUGGUCUGUAGGAUUCACUUGCAUUUUAUUUCCUUGUGUUUGUGUGGUUUGAUUGUGAUCUGUGUAGCUCUGCACGCUCCUCUUGUCCUCCUCUGUCAGUGCUUUUUUUUUGGUCUCUUUCUUUAACUUAUCUCAGGCACAUCCAUGCAGAGCAAGGUAAUGAAUCGAAGGACGAUUAGGAUUUCUAUUACAUAUUGCAUUAAUGAGGGAAAUUUAAAAAGGAAAGAAUUGCAAACAUCUUAUGAGUAACAUUUCUUAAGAUCUUGGAAAAGCAGGGAUUGUGCAGAAAAAAGCUAUGAAAAAUUAUUUUGCAGGAAACACAAUGGCUUACAGCCGAGUCUGUUCAGCUCACAAUGAAGAUCAAGAGGCAGAUUCCUUUACAAGGAGGAGAUACUUUAUAGCAGUAAGUUCUUGAACUGAACAGAGAAAGAUGUUCGAAGAUGCAUCCAAUGGCUGAAGUGGAAGCUAUGCAAAAUCACAUAAAACAAGCCAUGGCUUUUUAUUGGUGAGCCUGGCUAAUCCUAACCAGAGUGGUGAUGGAAUGAAUCCCCGUGGCUUUAACGCCUUUCUGAUUUCACAGAUGGUUUCGGGAGGAAAUACCGUAGCCCAAUAGAAGUUGCUAGGCUCUGUGUAGGAGGCUCAAGUGAAAUUAAGGGCCUGAUUUUUGUGCUGACAAGCCAGUUGAUACAAGGAGUCAUUUUUGGUGCACUGAGUAGAUUUGAACCUGUGAGGAGGUUCCUUUGCAUCUCAGGGCAGCUGGUGCUGCAGGACCGCUGGGAGGACAUGUGGCUGAUGGCUCCAGGGGGAACGUGCCCUGCACAGCUCCAUCCUAGUGUAAGUAAAGCUAGCCCUGGUGGUGUGAAUAGCAGCAGCAAUGUGAUCGGUGCUCUGCACAGACAGGGUGAGGUUUCUGAUGUUUGGUGACUGUGUCCUAGCUGUUCUUGGGCUUAUCCUUUCAGUCAGGUGGGAGCAUUUGUCAUCUGUUAAACGCUGAAUUGGACGUUGGCUUGGUCAGUGUGGACACACAAGAUUUACAGACAUAGGCAGUAAUCUGUUGUCUAGCUUUGUUCACUGCCUAGGGCCUACACCUACACGCUGCUUGCUUUGUGGCUAUAUUUCACAUCUUUACCAAUUAGUUACUGACCACAUUUUCGGUCACUGUACAAAUCAAAUCAAUUCAGAUCAACUAACAAAUCAAGAAACAAGAAUUAUGUAACUCAAACAGCAAUGAAAAUGCAUUUUAUUUACUUCCAUUUUAUGACGUUAGCUAUUACUUUUGGUGUGAGGGUUUUUAAAGGCGAAAGGAGCUGCUGAAAGAGCUCCCACUGGCUUUUAAUGCUUUUGAAAAACCCCUUUGCUGUCCCAAAUUAAAGCUAAUUCUUCUGUGGAAGGUCGAAGGCAAAUCUCUCAUUGAUGUCACUGGGAAGAUCUGUCAUUGUUCCCUUAAUGUACAGUUGCUCUUCCCAUCUCCCCCAGUCAUCUCCAAACUAAAGCAGUUCACUACUCCAAACCACACUGUGGGCUUCUACGCUCGGUAUCCUGCAGAUGUCCUGUUCAUGGAACCUCUAUCGAUAUCAAUGAGAGUUCAGUCCCCAGAAUGACUGCAGAAAGCACAAGAAUCUGGAAGUGUCCACAAACAAUCUACAAUGCAGAUAGAAAAGUCUUGUUUUACAUAUGCUGGCAAAAACUAAACAGCUUUCUAUCUAGCUCCUACUCAAAGAAGUUUGAUAUCACUGAAGCUACAAGACAAGCUAACCUCCAAAGCUUAUGAAAUUAUAUUAAAAUUUAUAUUUUCUCUGAGGAAAUACCCCCGAAGUCCUAUUAUCUUCAGGUAAACAAGUCAGUAUUCCGUCUUCAACUUGUGGAAUAUCCAGUGCUUGUAGGCAUCAACUGUGACCACUGCCAGGCCUGCAAAACAUUGAUACAGAAUACCAGAACAGUGCUUUACCUAUUGCUCUAACCGCUGUGCAUGGCCGCCUUCCCCCUCCCAACACAGAGCCUGGUGCCAUAGAACCCACGCCAUUUGCUCUCAGCAGAGCAGGAGAGCUAUUUUUAAAGCCACUGAACUUCUUCACAGGGGUUUUUCGUCCCCAUCCCCUCGUAAUGUUCCCGUGCCAGCCCAGGAGGAAGGCUGGAAGCAGCAUCCUAGCACGGGGCUGUGGCUGAUCCAUACCCAUCAGUGCUGCCACCUCGGCUGACAGACACCGCAGAGGUAAUGUUUGAAAAUCCCCAGGUUAAGGCCCUCUGCUGGGUUUGUGCUGCACGCUGAAUAUGGUGCAUCCUGCACGUAAAAAGCAGGUCCACCUAUGCACAAGUAGCAAGUCUGGUGUGCUCAGGAUGCAUCAGAUAUACUGCGUGUGUCUAGACCAGCAGCCUGUGCAAAGCAGCUUCUCUGGUCUGCUAUUGCUUGCAUUUCCAUGGGAAGUGCUGGCAGGGGCAAGUCCUGCAAUAUGUGGCACCUAUCCUCACCAGCUUUGAGGAACUAACCAGUAGGGGGUUAUUUAGUUACAGGUCUGCUGGUCCCAGGCAGUCCCAACCAUCACCAAAGCAGCUGAAACCUGCGGCAAGCAGAGCUUCAGGGCACAGGGCAUGGCACAGAUCUCCAGGCACAAAUACUGCCGGGGCUGCAGUUGUAACCUGUAUUUCUCAUCUUUCCUGGUCCUGCACAGGGACCGCUGUGCUUAGCCUGUGCAUUCUGAGCUCAGUGUUUCUCGUCCAUCGUGCAGCACAAACUCAAAAACCAUAUUAGAGUAACUGUUCUUUUGCACUGACUGCACAGUCUAAGAGGAAAUGUAUUUAGAUCCAUGUGCUUCCCAUGCACACACAUUUAGGGGAGGUUGUUAAACGAAGAGUUGUUUCAGGGCGGUCAUGAUCUUAUUGGGAAGAGUUAAAAAAGGAUGUGCUUUGCUCAGCAGAUUCAUGCCAGAUCAGUUGAUUAUUUUCUCAUUCCAUAUGAAAACGUUUACGUAGGUCUUUGUAGAACACGGAAUAUGCAAACAGCUCACAAAGAUGAAUUUUACUUUUGGGCAGUGUUAGUGGUCUCAGUCCAAACUCAGGAAUGAUCUCAGCCACUCACAGAGCACAGUGCAUUUCUCCCCCAGGAAUUUUCCCUUUUUUCUGGCUUGAGAGAAGGUAAGAAAUAUUUACAGGAAAUCCAAAAUGCAGCUAAGUGCUGCCACUAGAUGUCAGUAGCAAUAAAGAUGAUUGACGUGAUGAAAUGUAGGUCAGCGUGACUGAGCAAUUGAUUUAUCUCAAUCAGUGCAGUGGCUGGUGUGUGAGCUUUGUGGAUUCGUCGGUGAACAAAUAUUUGGGUUAAAACGCUUAAAGUUCUUUGUCUUGGGGGGAAAUUAAGCCAAGCCAAACUCGCGUUUAUCCCAGUUUUCUAGUUUACAGAACAUUUAGUGGUCCGAUGUAACUGACUUUAGAAGUGUGGUGAUUCCCAUUAGGCCCAGAUAAUGCUGUCUGCCUGCUCCCAGGAACAGGACAAGCAGCUGUGAGGUCUGUCUGUGCUCCAGGAAUGGUGUUGCUGUGAGUGUGGCCAAGUGCCCAGAGCUCAGCUGUGUCUGCGUUUUGGCGCUCAAAAAUGCCCCUGUUUGUAGGUCCAGUCUGGUGCCAGGAGUGUGCUGGCAGCUCCAGCAGUGCCCUUGUCAUGGUGUGAGCCUGAGCGGAGGGGCAGGGGGGGUUAAUUAGAGUUCUGCAGCUGAUCUAAUUGCAGGCUGGGCCAGUUAGUUCACCAAAAGUAUUUCUCUGGGCUGUGAAACAGGUGGUAGAUAAAAUCCAGUCUGACUCCAAACUGAAACUGUUUCCAAGACCCAAUGCACUGGGAUUUUAGCUUAAGAAGAAAAAAGAAAAAAAAAAAAAAAAAAAAAAAAAAAGGCCAUAUACUUGGUUUUACUGUCACGGGGAAGGCUUGGUUGUAUACUCUGCUUCUAAUUCUUGCUGUAUAUAUAAUGGCAAUGAGUUUCUUUUCAUACAGAUUUUUCUCCUGCAUAUUUUAAAAUAGGAAUGUUUCUUAUAAUGAUAACAGACUUCCUAAUAUGUUUUCUUUUUUAGAAAACCUAAAGUACUUAACUGAGUUGGUUUUUUUUAAUCUUCUGUCAUUUCCUACAUUCUGCGUUUGAAAUUAACAAGCUAGCAAACUGUACGUGAGGUUUCAGUGGCUCAAAGCAGCUUAUGCAAUGAUAAAAUGUAUUCCAUGGACAAGGACCCGGGAUGCUAGGCUGGCGUUUCUCAUGUUAUAGUUACCCAGUGCCCAGGAAGCAUGCUUCUUUAUGAGCUUUCAUGUAGGACAGCCUGUCUGCUGGCCUGGGGGCCAGAAGGAAUGAUUUCAGCCAGCUGUAACACCUAACUUAAUUACAAUGCUAAAAUGCCAGAAAAAUCUCAGAUUUACUGUAGUGGUAAGCAGCCAUCCUUGCUCUCAAUGUAUGCGUCCUGUGAAUUCAUAAAGGCAUGUGGGAGCAUGGCUUUCGGGGGCAUUGAAUGCUGAUUUCAUGCUGCCCUCUAGAGGCCAUCUUUUUUGAGCAGAAACAAAUUCGGUGCUAUGAUGGGAAACCAUCCCUACCCCAGAAAUGACAGCCCUGCUCCAUAACUGGCUGCAUACAUAGGCACAGACACACCUUUGCCAGCUGAGGUUCGAAUCAAUCGCUGCAAAGCAGGAGUGCUUAGACAGAAACUUUCAUGUUUCCCAAUUCUUGUAUUUCCUCUUGGGAAACACAGUCGUUUUCUUUUUAAUCCAAUUGUUGCCUAGAUAAUUAAUUUGAAGCGUUAUGCAAAUAAAAGGACGUUGCCAGCCAAGUUUCCAUUCUAAACUUUUAGACUGAAAGCUCUGAAUUACUUUCCUUACAGACAAUAGAUUUGUAUGAAUAUAUGCAAAAAUAUUAGUAACAAUUCCAUGAUUAAAAAUAAAGUGUCCCCAGGCUGCUUUUCUUGAAUUAAUACUGUAUGUAAGUGGCUGAACCAGGAUAGGUUUGGGUCCGACCUACGCCAGCACAGCCAGGCACAGAUUUGGUCCCACCAUCCUCAGGGUGCAGGAAAGGCCCUGUACUGUACUUGGCCUCACUGCAGGCCCUCAGGUUGACUCAUCAUGUACUUGUUGGUGUGUUUGGUUGUAUAGCCAGGCUUAACCAGGUAGACUGUACAGUGAGAUGAAGUAUUUUGAUGAGAUUUGAAGAGGCCUAAGAUACUUCAGUGAGACAAUCAAUGUGGCAUACACUGAGCUCAGCAAUCUUACGGAACAACGUUUAGGCUUGUUCAUAACAGCUGGGGGAGAAAAAAAAUAACGUACUGAAGCAAACCAGUGAGUAUAUAGUUUGUACCUGUGAACUUAACAUUGCUUCUCAUGUUCUCGAGUGAACCACUGCAGCUUUCCCAUGCUUUCAUUCAUCAGAUGGCACACCAGAAAGGCCUGACUGUUGCGUAAGCUGCAGCUAAAGCAAGUGCUGAAAACCUGACACUUGGAAAUGAAUGGGAGACGGCCUUGAUAGACCUUAGGACUCUAUACUGCUGCAGAGGGCUUGGGGGAAAACUGCAGGGGAGCUGGGAAACAUGAGUUUUCAAUGCAUAAGAAGUGGCAUUAUUGACAGCAGAGCAGAAUAAGAAAUACGUUAACAUUUGCGGUUUUCCUAUGUCUUAGCACAAUUAAUCCCGGUUCGCUAAGCUGUGGUAGGAGUCCUCAGUUGCUGUUUCAUGGAACAGACACAGUGAACUUGUGUGUCUGUGUGUGGCUUCUUAUGUAACGUGGCUGUUAAUGAAGAUUAAAAUGGAAAUGUCCCAAGUAUCUGAAGUACAGUUCUGUGUACCCAGGAACGUGUGGGUUUUUAUGUUCUUUUGAAUUGUACGUCUAAUUUGUAAAAGCACAUUUUACAUGAGUUUAUGAAGGGGGUGCUUUUCAAAUCUGCUUCUCUGCUAUGAAAUAAAAGUAGGACCUGGUUUUGCAGGUACCCACUGAAUUUCCAAAAUAGGCAGAAGAGAUGGUAAAUUGACAUUAGUUAGAAAAGGAGCUGGAGUCCUGUUGUGUUUGCUGGCAGUUUCAUACAUGGAAUGCCACGGUAUAGGCAAUUUCAUAACAGAGCAACUCCUGCAUUGCUAUUUAGCGUUCUUCUUUGGUAUCUUACUGAAAACAAAAUGCUCAAUAUGACAAAUAUUCAACCAGUCAGAACUGAAAGCCACCAGCUCUGCCACGUUAUGUUGCUUUGGACAUACAGAUCUUUUAACACUGGUCUGUCCUCUAGCAUUUAGGUGCCAUUUCUGAAAUGAUACAAGUAGAGAAACCGUAGCUGCUGGUAUGAAAACCUAACUGAAAAUCUGAUUUAUUUAUAACGCAAUUGAGAGAAAUGUAUGCAAUAUGAGUUUUAUCUGUACCCAUUUGAAAUUAUGCUGAUAAGGCUUAAUCCUCUCCCAAGUUAUGCAAGCCUUAUUUACAGGAAUGGCUGCAUUGCUUCGGGGCAGCUGUUGGAGCUGCCAGGGCUGUGUGCAGCACAUGUGUCCAUGCUAAGCACCCUGAGCAGUAGUUUGUGUGGCUGUAUUUACGUGGUAUCAUAUGCAAAGCUGAGGAAGCCUCUGUAAAAUGUACCACUUUUAAAAUAUAUAUAUAUAUAUAUACAUAUAAAUAUUAAAAAAAAAAAAGUGAGUAACAUUUCUAUUUGCAACAGUUGUAAUUUUUAAUUGUGUAUGCUAUGAAGAGUGUUCUAUUUACUCACUGCUUUGGGGAACAACUGUUUUAAAAAUGAAGGCAUUAAUUGACAGUAUUUCAUAUCCGUUGUUUUAACAUGUUAAAAUGGUUAUUAAUUAGUCCUGCAGUAUGUAUUUCUAGCUUAAAGCUGCAAUGAACAGCACAUCAGCUCGAGACCUCCAAAAACAUUUCCUUGUGCUUUCUGUAAUAAAAGCAAAGACUUGGUGUUUAGAAAUGGUCUCUCUGUACAGGUUGCUUUUACAACUGUGUGAAUAUGUACAAUGAACUCUGCAUUUGUAACCAAGAAUAAGCAAACUGUAAAUGUUCCGGUUGUUAUUAUAAAUAGCUGCAAAGUAUCUUAACCAGACAAGAGUUCAAAUAAAGAUUAAUGGCCAUUAUUCAUA